UUCCGGCAGGCAAGAAAUCGAGCGUUGGACGAGUCAGCUUCUGGGUUGCAGGCUACUCUACAGCAACGGCGAUUCCAGAGAGUCUAUCACGCAGCACACCGCACGAGUUGGGAUCGAGCUUCGCAGCAUUCUAAAGCCGCUACGGCUGCUCAGACCCUAGACGUAACAUCCAGGGAACUGUGGGCAAGCGCGUCUGGAGAUAAGUUAUCAUGUCUGUGGCCGAGGCUUCGGAGCGCGGACCACAUCCAGUCGUUGAGAGGAUUCGCCAACAAAUCGAGGAGAGUCGGAGUAAAUCUGACAGAUUCAAACUCAUGUGUCCUUUCUCCAAGUACGAGCCCACCCAUCACGAAAAUGUUCUCGAGUGUUCCACCGAAAGGCUUUCGGGAAUUCGCGGGCUCGGGAUCCACAUCAAAAAUCACCACGUAAUCGGGCUCGGGUGCAAGAAUUGCUGGAAGCGAUCCACCAGCCAGGCGGCUUGGGAGAACCAUACGCGGGCAUGCCAGGACUGCUCGCCAGAGGCGAGAAAAUGCAACCCUCGGAUAAUGUCACAGUUGGAAAACGACAAGUAUACCUCUCUUGAUUUUAAUAAGAUUAAGAAAGGCGAUAGGUACAAAUUGAUCUGCGACACGGUGUUUGGUUCAGAUGUUACCCCUAUGAUUCCAGGUAGAUAUUUCGAGCCUGGAUUGGCGCUGUCCUGUAUUAUCUUCUGCCCAGCCCCUGUUGACGAGGAUCUUGUCAAAUCUUUUAAAUUGCUUCAGGAGUUUUUGAAGUGUGGCGACAGCGAACCAAUGUAUGGGAAAGGUCGCCGACCCAAGUCAAAGGCUGAUUCCGGCAUUGGUACAUUGAUAUCUUCAAAUGCCGAAGAUUCGGUGGAUAAUGGUGGUGGUAUGAAAGAUGAAGUUGGCAACGAAACCGCGGAGAAUGCAUUUGCAGAAGGAGGACUACAAAUGCCCGGAACUUGUGACGAACCGCAACAACCCUGGUCUUCCAAUUGUCUUGGAACCUCUGGUCACAGCUUAGCGAGAGAACAACUCGAUUGGGGCCAGGAAGUGAGGGAGCGGUAUGAUGGAUCACCAUAUCCACCAUUACUCGAGGAAACGGACCAGGAUCUAACAAUGCGUGAUAUGGAAGGAUGACUCGGUGUGGUAGAUACACUCUCCUGAGCUACAUUUUAUUUAUCUUCAACGAAAUCGGUACGCAGU